AUGAGCGGAAUCUACCGGCCGGGGCAAGUGCGACGGCCCCUGACAUCAGCUGUCUUGAGACCAUGCUCACCGCUUCUCUCCGAUUCUGCCUCAAACUGUCUCCAUAGGGCACGAUCACAGCCGCUGGCUCUCGGGGCCACAACCGGAUCUUUUGAUUUCCGGAGGCUUCAGGAGCCCCUGGUCCUCCCUACACCCAAGAGGGGCAAGGGCCUCUUGAGUCCUCCGCUUGGGGGGCGACCUAAGAGCCGGAACUCUCCGACGGCUGGUGUCCUGCAGGAGAACAGCCGGGCCGAAAGCUGUGCAGCCGAGCUAGAGCGUGCUUUGAGGAACGGAGCGCAUGGGUCACCUUCAGAACGCGAUGAUGCCCGUGUGACAGAGUUCGAGAGCCCGGGUGAUCUGGCAGAGGUGAUCAGUCUGCGAGACAAGUUCCACCAGGACGUUGCGAGCAUGACUAGCAAGCUGGAAUACCUGGCGAAGCACUCCCGGCUGGAGCAUUUGUCCGAAAGCAGCAAGAAGGACAGGGAAGCGGAGCGAGUCAAACUCGAAGAGCGACGAAUCGAAUUGGAGCGUCGAGCCCGACAGCGGGAACGCGUCUCGCGCGACCCUCGCAAGAAUGUGGCCAUCAAGGUGGAAAACAGGCGGAAAUUUGGAUGGGAGAGCUGGAACCCGAUUGCGGAAAGCAUUCCCAUUUGCGAAGUGGAUGUUGGUUGGAAGAGCGGAAAGAAAGUUGACUUAGUUGAUGCUGCUACCCUCACAGCACAAUGCAAGCAGCUUCGCCGCGGUGCCGUCUCUCUCAACGAUCUUCUGGCGAAGCCGCGCCAGACGAAAGGCCACGGAAGCAAUGUGUAUUCUCACACCUGUGCAAAUAGCCCAGAUGACUUGCGUGGCACCGUCUUGGCUCGAACAAGCACCAUGCUCCAGCUGUCGCCUUCCGCCAAGCGGUUGCAGCGCCUGCGGGAUCUGCUGGGGAGUCUUGGGCCGCAGUGGGCACUCGUGGCCCAUGCCAUGGAGUACUACGUGCAGGACGAGGCGCUUCGCUACCACCGCGUUCCCAAAGCUGCACGGGUACAGGCCGAGUUGACGCAUGCGGCCGCCAGUUUGGGAGAUCUGUUGCCAGCCAGUCCUGGGUCCAUCGUUCUUGAUCUGGGGGCUGGAGGUGGCCUCAGCACUCUCAGUUUUCAGGCUUUGGCUGCAAGCAGACCCGGCACGCCUCCUUACAUUCUCAGCUUUGACACCAGCUUGCACAUGCUUGCGACGACAACGCAGAUUCACGAGUCUGCGCUGGUCGGAAUCCGAGUGCCGAGCAUGUCGGCAGACAGAGGCGUAGAAGCCGGACAUGUCGAUAUCAGCGAGGGCUUGCAGUGGAUUUCUAGACGUGGUGAUCGAAUACUGGCAGACAUGUCACAGCCACUCCCGCUUCGUGAGGGUGUUGCCGAUGCUGUGCUCUCAAUUAGCGCAGUACAGUGGUUGCUUGAGCCCCGGCCAGACCGGUCAGAGGCAGAGUCGCACUCAGCAGAGACACCUUCGGUGCCACAAAGGAAGCUCACCAAGCUGUUCACAUCUCUUCGCACGGUGACGGCAGACACUGCCAAAUUGGCAAUGCAGUUCUACCCACCCAAAGGAGGCCACGACUUCGGAGCCAGAGCUUUGCGAGACUCUGCAAGACAAGCUCAGUGGACCGACGUAGCAGUUCUUCUGGAUUUCCCUCACCAUCCGUCUUCAUUGGCGAAGAAGUGGUUUCUGACAGCAAGAUGUCGAGAUGGCGAUCGACAGACGAACCCACUGCAGCCAAGGUGGUGUGCUUUGUGCUGGCCAGUUGUGGUCGCUGGGUGUGUGUUGCAGAGCUCAUGUAGGCAAAGGCCAACUGGGAAGGUUCUUUGCGAUCGCGCAGAGCAGCAGCAUGCCGAACUGGCUCUGCGCUUGGUGAGGUGCGGGCGGCGACUACAAGCAAGUGAGGGGGCCGAGGGGGACGAUGCGGCGCGGAAGAUCCAAGAGCGGUUGCAGCAGCAGCUGCACCCGCUGCAGUUGGAGCUGGCUCGUGGCCUCUUCCAGGCACUCGAGGCAUGCAGGCAGCUCGAGGCGACGGAGACGGUCGCGGGAGUCGAGGCAGAGGCAGAAGAGGAUGAAGGCCGGAACUGCGCGCAACACGAGGCGAAGCGCGCCAAGGCCGGUCCUCAGACGAGGACGGAGCUGCGAAGCGCCGUCGUGCGCUGCUUGCCUCAGUUGUUACCUGUGCUCCAUUCGGCGCCGAGCCAAUGCUGGCAGCAACCUCCGCCACCGCUGGCGCAGGCACAGUCGUCGCAGGUGGAGGACCUUGCCCACGGCCUUUAA